UUAACAGCUGUAUGAUCAUUAAUAUUGCUCACUUAUUUUUUGUAGCAUCAGGGAAGCAAAGUCAGUUGAAAAACCAACUGGAAAUCCUCUCAAUGGGUGCUACAACAUCAUCCAUAGCAGCCAAACUCGCUUUCUUCCCUCCAGAACCAUCCUACAAGUUAGAUACCGAUGAACAGACCGGAAAACUUAAACUCAUUGGCGUGCCAGAGGGCGAGAAGGGUGAAGUGUCCAAGCUACAAACAAAGAAAGGCCACAGUAUAACUGUGGUAUAUGUGAGAAAUUUAUCAGCCAAACUCACAGUGCUUUACUCUCAUGGCAAUGCUGCUGAUAUAGGCCAGAUGUUCAAAUUCUUGACUGAAUUAUGUGAUCAACUUUGCGUCAAUGUCAUGGGGUACGACUAUGCUGGCUAUGGUCAAUCCACUGGAGAGCCGAGUGAACAUAACACGUACGCUGACAUAGAGGCGGCCUAUGGAUGCCUCAAGGAGAAAUAUGGAGUAAAAGAUGAGGAUAUCAUAUUGUAUGGCCAAUCAAUUGGGAGUGGACCAACGAUGGAGUUAGCCCUGCGAGUGCCUGCGUUGAGGGCUGUAAUUCUUCAAAGUGCGAUCUUAUCUGGUCUUAGAGUAAUGUAUCGGAUGAAACGGACACUUUGGCUUGACAUAUACAAGAAUGUUGACAAAAUUCAAUAUGUUCAUUGUCCUAUUCUUAUAAUCCAUGGAACAGAAGAUGAAGUUGUGGAUAUCUCUCAUGGUAAGCGCCUCUGGGAGCUCUGUAAAGAGAAAUACGAACCUCUGUGGCUUACAGGAGGGAACCACUGCAACUUACAUGUUUUCCCAGAGUUCUUUAGGCAUCUCAAGAAAUUCAAAUUAGCCAUUGAGAGGUUGCCAGGUGAAAAUAGCGGUGCAGAGAGGAGUUUGAGUAACCAACCAAUGAAUGAAGAUCAGAGAGAGAAGUCUAGGCUAAGUGUCAGCUGCAUCUCUUCUAGGCCUACUGUCGAGAGCAGAGAUACUUUGAGGUUCAGUGUAGACAGCAGAGAAAAACCAAGAACUAGUUCUGAUCAGAGCGAAAAGGCAAGAAAGAGCGCAGAUUGUUACUAUGGGAAACCAAGGAUCAGCACUGAUCAAUCAGAGAGAGGAAGGAACAGCAUUGAUCGGUUAGGCGAUAUGAUGAGAUCAGUAGCAUUUUGUAAUGUGGAUUGUUUGAAGCAGACAAUUAGGGAGGACUGAUACAUCCCCAUAAACAGUUUGCUUUUCUUCCCCUUUGUGCAAAAUUUCGAUUGAUAAGCCUGGUUUGUCAUUGUGAAUACGAAUAUUAUUUACGUAGUAUCCGGUGCACAUGGCUCUCGUAAGUUCAUCAUCAGAUAUGCACCACCCAUAAACAUUUGCUUGGAUUUUUAUGAAAACAACUGAAAUGCUAAUGAUUCAAAA